CUCCAGAUUCCCACAAUGCCUAGUGUUUACCUCGCUCAGAGUCUGACAGCACCGAUGCUGCUCACUGGCUCUUCUAGUCACCGACUGGAGCCCCGCACAUAUCCAGCACACAUUCAGCAGUGCUGCAUGCACCGGACCGCCACCGUUUACCGACACAAACCAGCACAGUUCUCCAGACAAGCAGCUCUGGACAGUGUUCAUGUUGGCGGAGGUGGCGCUGGACACUUCCUCGCUCCUGAUCUGAGCCAAAGGCAGUCGGCUCCAGCCAGGGGCAUCGCUGGUGUCUGUGAGAGGAGGGAACUAGCUCACCUUUGUAAAGGUCUGAAUCCGCUGCCCUUCGACCCCGCCACGAACAACGAACCAUUGCAAUUCAACAGCUCCAAUGGUCCUCUGCUUUCUGACUGUCCUCUGGAAAACGGAACAGAAAACGGCAAAAAGAGGAAGAGACCCAACCUUCCUCCAGAGGGGCUCCGAAAUAUUGCCAUGGACUCCAACUCUUUAGCGAUGCCCAUGUCGGACCCUAAUGCUUGGGCUACUGCCAUGAACAACCUCGGAAUGGCCCCCAUGAGCAUGACUGGCCAACCUAUCAUGUCAGAUUUUGACCCCAGUCUUGGCAUGAUGACUGGCAUUGCUCCAAUGAACCCCAUGAUGCCCGGCCUUGGGAUUGUGCCCCCGCCAGUAUCGCAAGACAUGCCCAUUGUGAAGGAAAUCAUCCACUGCAAGAGCUGCACACUUUUUCCUCCCAACCCCAUCCGUACUGAACGCAUCUACCCACCCAAGAUCACAUCCAAAUCCGCUUGGCUCGUUUGUUCUUUUGAGACUCGGCACACAGAGUCACUUCAACAAGACCUGCCUCCCCCUGCCACCAGAGAGAGACCCCCCGGCUGUAAGACAGUGUUUGUCGGCGGUUUGCCAGAGAAUGCAACAGAGCAGCUCAUUGUGGAGGUGUUUGAACAGUGCGGAGGUAUCAUCGCCAUCCGCAAGAGCAAGAAGAACUUCUGUCAUAUCCGUUUCGCCGAGGAGCACACAGUGGACAAGGCCCUCUUCCUGUCAGGUUAUAGGAUCAGACUGGGAUCAAGCACAGAUAAGAAGGACACAGGCCGGCUGCAUGUAGAUUUCGCUCAGGCUCGAGAUGACCUGUACGAGUGGGAGUGCAGACAGCGCAUGCUGGCCCGGGAAGAGAGGCACCGGCGCAGGAUAGAGGAGGACCGUCUUCGGCCCCCUUCACCGCCCCCCAUCGUUCAUUACUCUGAGCACGAAUGCGGCCAGUUAGGAGAAAAGCUCAAAGACGACUCCAAAUUUCCCGAGGCGGUGCGUGUCCUGCUGACCUGGGUGGAACGAGGGGAGGUAAACCGCAGAAACGCCAACAACUUCUACUCCAUGAUCCAGUCCUCCAACAGCCACAUUCGCAGGCUGAUGAACGAGAAGGCCUCUCAUGAGAAGGAGAUGGAGGAGGCCAAGGAGAAGUUCAAGAAUGCCCUUUCUGGGAUUUUAGUACAAUUUGAGCAGAUUGUGUCUGUAUUCCACGCUGCUACCAAACAAAAGGCAUGGGACCAUUUCUCCAAAGCCCAACGGAAGAACCUGGACAUGUGGCGAAAGCAAGCAGAGGAGAUCAGAAACAUCCACAAUGAAGAGCUGAUGGGAAUUCGGAGGGAGGAGGAAAUGGAGAUGUCAGAUGAUGACAUGGAGGACGCCCCAGAAAGCAAAGAUUCAGAUGAUUCAGGGCCGCUGGCUCAGGUGGAGGCUCUGAAAGAGGAGAACGACAGUCUGCGGUGUCAGCUGGAUGCCUACAGGAACGAGGUGGAGCUUCUGAAACAGGAGCAGGGUAAAGCGCAGCCCCAGCGCAGCGAGGAGGAUGCCACCCGCCAGCAGCAGCUCAGCUUCCUGCAGCAGGCUCUGCAGGGCAUGCAGAAGCAACUGCUCAAGCUUCGUGAGGAUCUGAAACAGAGAGAGAUGGAGCUGGAGAAGAACUCAGAGGAAAAACAACAGCUCGAAAGCCAGAUCCAGAGUCUGAAAGAUCGGAUUCAAGCCUUCCCCACAUCACACGCUCUGCCCGAGGCGGCGGCGUCGGCCGUGGUGUCCUGCAGCCAAGAGAAGGAGAGCCUGCCGGAGAAGGGUCCUCCCAGCCCAGUGAAGUCCGAGAGAGAGGCUCUGCUCGUGGGAAUCAUCUCAACGUUUCUUCACGUCCAUCCUUUUGGAGCCAGUAUUGAAUAUAUCUGCUCCUAUUUACAGCGGCUGGACACUAAGAUCAGUACCACAGAAGUGGAGACUCUUUUGGGUCGGCUGCCCUGCACCUUCAAGCAGGAGUUGACGGGCGUCGGGGCUAGUUUGGAGAAACGCUGGAAGUUCUGUGGGUUUGAGGGCAUCAAGACGGCGUAGAGACACGGGUCGGGCUUCUCGCUAGAAACGACACGACCGAUGGACCCGAGGGGUUACAACCAAUCACCUGCCAGCUCUCCGUGUCCAUCCAUCCAGCCCCAUGGGAUUUAAAUCUCAGAAAACACUUGGAGACCUGGAGAACCUCAAGACUUUGGUGUGUGUGUAGUAUGUUUUAGUAUGUGUACACACGAGCACAUGUCGGAGUGUGUGUACGAACCACACAACGUGACUCUGAGCUGCUGCAUCGGGUAAAAAUCAGGGUCUGCUGAACCGAGGACUUGAACUGUCAACAUACAUUUUCUUUUUCUCGUUUCACCUCUAAUUUGUAAAAAAGAAAAACCUUAUAAAUAACAUGAAUAUAUUUCUUUUCUCUUCUGUAUAGGCUGCAGAAACAGUUGCAUAGAAUCUUUUGUUCACAUAUCCUGUAAAUGUUUGAAUAACUUGCUAUUUUUAAAUAAAAAAACAACAACAAAAUAUGCAACCAGACUAAUUUAUUAGUUCAACAAUCUAGGCCAGUGCUUCCAAAAUCUUCAACUUUCAGCACGUCUGCUAAUUAAAAGAGGAAUCGUGGGAUAAAUAAACGCCUUCGUUAGACGUUUCCUCUCAUUUAUGCCACACACGUCCUUUCAAACCUUCGGGCUUUUCCUGCUUAAGCUGGAGACCGCAGUAGAUCUGUGUCCCCUGGCGGUCUGAGUCAGUCUGCGGUGUUUUCCCAUCUCUAAUGGUUCGUAUUAUUCUAAUGCAUGGAGUUUUUUGUAAUCGCUUUGAGUUGACUGGUAACCAGACUGAGCAGCUGUGAACGUGUCGAGCCGUGUUGCUGUUUUUGCACAGAGCUUGUGAACUCUAAUUAACCAUCACAGCGCUGCAUGUAUGUGUUUCGUGUGCAGAUGUGUGAGCUGCAUCUCGCGACUGAAGGCGGCACAGUCAAGCGUCCCUAAUGCUUUUCUGUUGUGCAAUUUGUAAGGUGAUUUUUUUUCCGCUUAUAGCUGAGGGAAACUAAAGCUUUAUUACACAUGAUCGGUUCCCACUGCACUUUUUCUAUUUCCUUGGGCCGCAAGUAUGAAAAAUUAUUUUCAAAUGCUUGUCAG